AUGUACAUGUGCUCUGUUGAUGGUUGUAUUUCUUACAAGUUUUCUCCAGUUGAAGAGGAGUCUUCAAGCUACCAUGACUAUCAAGAGAUAAGAAUGCAGGAACAUGUACAAAAGCUUGGGAUUGGAUAUACAUCUAGUCAAGAGAAGAAUGACAUCACUGAUGAAAUGAAGUCGUUUUUUGAUGCCUUUUGGUGUAGUUAUAAGGACAAUCCAUUGGAAGGUCGUAACGUAAUUAUUGCUAGUUUCUGUCCUCAAGUAUUUGGACUAUAUGUAGUUAAGCUUUGUAUAUGCUUAGCUCUCAUUGGAGGGGUCCAGUAUGUUGAUGAGUCUGGCACUCGUGUUAGAGGUGACUGUCACUUACUACUAGUAGGAGAUCCAGGCACUGGAAAAUCUCAGUUUCUCAAGUUUGCUUCAAGUCUCAGUCCUCGUUCUGUAUUAACUACUGGAGUGGGUACUACUAGUGCUGGACUCACUGUUGCUGCUGUUAAGGAUGGGAGUGAAUGGCAGUUAGAAGCUGGUGCUUUAGUAUUAGCUGAUGGUGGACUGUGUUGCAUAGAUGAGUUUAAUAGUAUUAAUGAUAGGGACAGAUCCUGUAUACAUGAAGCAAUGGAGCAACAAACUAUUAGUGUUGCAAAGGCUGGCCUUGUGUGCAAGUUAAACACUCGUUGUUCUAUUCUAGCAGCAACUAAUCCUAAGGGAAACUAUGAUCCUGAACUAGUGAGAUCAAUCAACUAAUGAUGUACA